AUGUCUGUACAUGUUCCUCACGUUUUGUGGGCUCCAAGAGCCGAUCGUGUCUAUGUGACUGUUGAAGUCCCAGAUGCUACAGAUGUCAAAGUUUCAUUGGAUAAUAGUAUUUUAAAGUUUUCAGCAACAGGAGGUGAAAACAAGUAUGAAUUGGAAUUGGAAUUGUUUGGUGAAAUCAAUACCGAAAAAUCAAAAUGGAAAGUGUCUGGUAGAUCUAUUGAUCUUAACAUUGAAAGAACCGAGAGUGGCGAAUUCUGGCCAAGACUCACUAAAUCCAACAUCAAGAAUAGAAAUAUUGCUGUUGAUUGGUCAAAGUGGAUUGAUGAAGAUGAUGAAGAAGAAGAUAAUUAUGAUUGGAAUCAAUCUGGAGGUGAUGUUAAUGAUUUUGGUAUGGACAAUUUCUAUCCACCACAAGGAGAUGAAGAUGAUAUGGUUGUCGGAAAUGAUGAAGACGAAGAAGAUGAAGAAAAGCCAGACCUUUCUGAUUUAGACAAGUAAAUCCACACCUAUUAUUUAUUGCCAUCAAAAAUAAAUCAUUAAAUUAUUAUU